ACCAACAGUUAUUUUCACAGUAUGAUUAUCGCGACGAUUUUGUUACCCUUAUGUGUUAACUAACUUAAAUUUGCGGAUAAGUUGCGACAAAAUUCGGUUUUGUAUCACAUUAAGGCAGUUUAUUGACAGUAUCGAAUCGUCUGCUUAUAUUUAUUACAGUUGUGCGCUUUAGUCAAUUAUAAUGAUAUGUUAAUUUUGGCCGUAAAAAUGUAAAUUUUCAUUAAAGCUAUCUGCUAUGGUUGUGAACAGUACGUAGGUAUAAUUUGUGAAGAUAUUAAUUUGAUAUCCGAGAACCAGUCAACUGUGGAGCGCACCUAGUCUAUAAAACAAUAAGUACGUCACAGACGAUGCAUUUUGAAGUAGUUUUAAUAAUGGCUUUAAUUGUUUUAAAGUAAUUUGAAAUGAAACUUGUUUGGAAUUUGAUAUCGCAGUUAAAAUAAUAUAUACUCUGUUUGGAGUUAAACAGACAACUUGAGUGGAUUUUUAGAGACGGCACAGAAUAAAUAAGAGAAGGUGUGUAUUUAAAAAGGAUUUGGAAUUUUUACAAAAUAUGUGUAAACAUGGCUAAAGCGAUAGUGGAGAGUAUUAAAGAAUUUGAAAUCAAGAAAGAGUUUCGUGAAGUAAAAUUAAAAACACGGCAGUCAUUCAGGGAGGAUCAGGCGGCCUUGGAGAGAAGGUUGUCGAGGAGAGAACCCAGAAUGUCAACUGGUGUCAAAAACGGGCAUACCGGAAAUGGACAUGUCGUAAAGUGCGGAACAGAUUCAGCAGACGACAGUGUUCUCUCAAAACUUGAAAGUAUAGUCGUAGAUUUAGGAGCAGAGAAAGAUAUAGAACACAAAGAUUCAAAAGAUGAAAUUAUUGUUGUAGAUAAUGUAGAAUCACGGUCACGGAUUAAUUCGAUGGAUAAUAAUGUAGUUCUUAGUGACGAUAGCGGAAAUAAUCGACAAGUUAGUAGUACAAUAAAAGUUAAACCUGACAAAGUACCUGUGUCGCAUCAAAACGGUCAUAGUUAUACACAUCAGCAUAAAAUGAACGGGACAGCUCCAGCUAAAGGAGUUAUACCAAAUGGACAUACAUUUUUACAUAAUGGUCAAACUUCCGCUCCUUCGAAUUUUCUUGUGGGGACAACCGGAAAUAGGCACUUAGCAGCCGCAAUGACACCGGAACCAAGAAUAAAAUCUUUUAAAGGAAUUUAUCAGAAGAAUCCAAAAUUAACGGCAGCGUCAACAGAACAUUUGGACAACAUUUCAUUAAAAGGAUUCAAACCUUCUUUUACUUCUAGCCAAGGGUGAGUGUUAUAUUUCUUC